CUCACCCGCUGUCCCCCAAACGAAGCCUACCCUACAUCUGCUUAGAAAAUUACGCUAAGUUGACCUUCGACCUAUCCGAGGCAGUCGCCAAGAUGGCUGCGCCCAUGGCAAAACGCGCGCUUGUGAUGAAAUUUUCUAUCGGCUGCCUGAAACAAAACAAUUUACCCAACUUUUUAAGCAUAAGGGCUCUGUGCCAAACGAGACCAGAGAGAAAAUCUCUAGUCCCAGCAUUAUUCUUGAACUUGAAGAGUGGUCUUCAUAGUGACGGCAGCUCCAACAAUGGACAAUGUGAGAAUAUAGUUACCUCCAAGAAAAAUGGAGAUGCCACAGAUGCCGUGAAAGCCUUCUCUGUCCCGGGGCAGCCUGCGGCCGCCCGUGUGGUGACGGUAGCCAUCGUAGGAGCACCCAACUCUGGGAAGUCUACCCUCACCAACAGACUCAUGGGAAGAAGGGUGUGCCCUGUGUCCAGUAAGGUCCACACCACCCGCAGGAAAACUCUGGCUGUUCUGACUGAGGGCGACACGCAAGUGGUGUUCUUGGACACUCCAGGGUUCACAAACACAAGUAAAGCAGGAAGGCACCACUUAGAAAACACCAUGGUGAAAGACCCCAAAGCCAGCAUGUUGGAAGCAGACUUAAUCGCAGUGAUGGUGGACCCUACAGAAAGGCAGUCUCAGAAGAAACUGAAGUGGGAUCUCCGUAAAGCACUGUACACCUUACCUAAACCCAUUCCUGCUGUACUCAUCCUCAAUAAGACAGACUUGAUGAGGCACAAAACCAAGCUGCUGGAAAUCGCGGCAAAGUUAACUACAGGGGUUGUUGGAGGGGAACCCAUUCAGAUUACGGAGGCCAAAAAGAGACUAAUACCUGAACUGAGUCCUUUGGAAGCUGCAUUGAUCAAAGCACAAAAGAAAAAAGUCCUCAGUGAAAAGAAAGAAGAAUGUGUCCAAACUGAUACAGAAGAAAGACUAAGAGUAAGAAAUACAGUAGACUCUGAAGCUAGAGAGCCAAAAGAGAAAACUAUCGAUGCUGUCACUUCUUCUGAAGAUACUAUCGACAAGCCGACACAAUCGCAAGAGAGCGACUUGUCAGCAAAGACACAUGGAGUAGACAAAUGUGAACAGUUACAAAGCACAGUAGAAGCACACAUACGAGACUCAAUGACUGAUGCCAGUGUGGUAGAAGAAAGAGACAUCCACAAGAGAGACUCAAAGACUACAGACUCAGAGAUGAUGUAUGAUAAGGGUUAUGUUGCGGAAGAUGGUUUGGAUGGUGCGACUAAAGAAGAGAUGAAGAUGGCACUUGGUUAUGAUGUGGACGCCUGGGACAGGAUUGUGGAGGAAAGAGACAAGACUGUGAAGAGACAGAAGAGUAAAGACCCUGAGAAGACAGCCCUGCACCAGGAGAUUUCCAGACAGUGUGGCUGGCCUGGCUUUCAGGAGGUCUUCAUGAUGUCUGCAAAGGAAGGUCAAGGUGUCGACAAUUUCAAGGACUACCUCCUCUCCAUGGCUAAGCCAGGAGACUGGCAGUACUCUCCUGACUUCCUGACGGACCAGAGUGAACAUGAGAUCGCCUACCAUGCCAUCAGGGAGAAACUGUUGGAGUAUCUACCACAGGAGGUGCCUUACAACAUACAACAGGAGGUUGAGAUGUGGCAGGAGGGGGAGGGGGGCGACCUCCAGAUUGUCAUUCAGCUCAUCGUCAGCAAGUCUACACAAGUGCCUAUGCUGAUUGGUCCAAAAGGAGCCACCAUCAAGAAGAUCGCCAAGGAGGCAGCUCAAGAAAUGGAGGACACCUUCUUCACUGAUGUCUUCCUCAAGCUGGGAGUGAAGUACGCUGGGCUGCAAAAGUAACCAUCAUCUAUUCAGGUGGUUUUCCCAAUGCCUUAGAUUUUAUUAUGGUUCAACUGUACUGUGGCUGCAGUACCAAUACAGACUGAUAGGUGGCGUCAGUGAGUAGGCCAGUUAGUCAGCUUGCCACCUAGCUGGGCAGUAGUCUCUACCAUACUCUGGCCUGGCUCAAUAGUAACAGGAGGCUUUGGACAAAUUAAUAGGAAUAACAGCCUAGUAGGAGUUAACUAACCUAGGAGUGAACUGACCGGCAGGUAGACAUGAUAGCUGGAUAGACUGCAAAAGACUGACUGAGAUCCCAUGGCAAAUUAUUUGUCCCUAUCUGGACAAAUUCUUCUCUUUUCUCAUCCAGCUGACAGGUCUGCUUGGAGACUAGCUGGACAGCAUCAUUUAGAAUCAAUACAUCAUAUCCUUUACCACCACAAACUCUUACGUUUGGCAGCUGAUAUGUUGUUGGUAUGAAAUUUACAGUUGUGAAAGUAUAUUGGCGAGGUAAGAGAAAAAGAGGUGGCUCAAUGCUAGAACCACUGUUCCCAAAAAACCCUCUGCAAAGACAUAUGCAGAAUGUAUACAUUAUAGCAUAGACACUGGUUGUUGAGUAAAUGCUUCAAUAUGUAUUGAGGAUAUGGUAUCUGUUGUUCAGUCCAUGGUGGUAUGAUUUUCUCAUGAAUAUGUUGAAAAUAAAUGAGAUAUAGCUGCCAGUAAAUUGAUAAUGCUUCAUCAUUGCAUUGCAAAAAUAUUUCUCUAACUAAGAAUGUUAUAUAACAUCUUUAAGAAUAUAUAUAUAUAUAUAAUUAAAAAUAUUGCUCUAGUAUGAUUCUUUUUUGUGUGUGACAAAGUGAGGAAACAGGAGUGCAUGUUUGUUGCUUCUCUGACAGGCACUGUACUGUAGCCGCAGUACUGAUACAGCCUGAUAGGUGGUGCUAGUGAGUAUGGCAUCCACCUUGGAUUUCUUCAAAACUUUGUCAGCUUCUAGUAUGCAAUCGGAGAGCCUUUUCGUAGCACUAAGAUCUUUGCUGCUUGCUUCAUGGAACUAAAUAAACUACCAGUCAUCAAGUUGAAACAAACAUUCUGCUCCACUCCACAAUAGACUCAUUUCCUUUUUUUUUUCACUCUUAAUUUGCAUUGUGUUGGUUUGAUUUUUGUGGUGACCUAUCCACUAUAAAUUCCUGACUGUCUAUGGUUACAGUUGUAAAGGAGUGUUUCAAUCGUAAAGCACAGCAAAAGCCCUACUAUCAUGAAAUGAAGUCCCUGUGAAAAUAAAUGAUUUUACAGUACCCAUUUCUUAAGGCCAAGGAUAGUAUGACCCUGCAGAAGGCCAGACACGUGUCUAACAUGUUUGCAUCAGACAAUGCUGACAGUGUGCUCUCUUGCGUCAGUGUACUGAUGACGUUACACAGCUUGGGGCUAUAGUCCUGCAUUCUGGAUCAAAUCAGUAGCAUAUGGUUUUAUUUCUACAUUGUACUAUGCUCAUUUGAGCCCAUAACACUGAAGAAGCCACACGGCAAAACAUGUUUGUUGUGUACUGGUUUGAAUUAAGUUCCUGUACGGGGAACAUGCUCCAGCGUCUUUUCUGAAGACGUUGCUUACUCGUAAGUGUGAACGGUUGGCUUGAGGUUGUCUUUUCCCACGUACUCCAUGGUUUUAUUUCUAAUCACUUUCCAUCAUAAGGUAUUUCAAAUCUUUUCCCACAGUAUUGCUUGUCAUGACAAAAAAAUCAGAUGUGGCAUAAAAUAUACAUUUUGCAUUUUCAAUAAAAAAGUUUGUCUGAUGGAUACCAUUUUCUUUUGUAUUACUUCUUGCUUGUUUAGUAGUCUUCUAUUCAUUAUUUUGGCUUUUUUCUUGCUCUAAAAUGUACUAUAUUGUGAGUACUGUUCACAGCUGUUUAAAGAUAGGAAUUUUGCAAGCACGGUUAGAUAGACAAGUUGUGUAAUGAAAUGAAUAAUCGGACUGUACUCUGUGACCUGUGUGCCUCCGCUUGUAUCACAGGGAGAGUUGUCUGUACAACCCUGAGGGCCUUUGGAUUGUUUUGUGUCCAACAGCCUAGUGAGUAUUCUAACAAGCCUCGAUGAUCUCUGUCAUUGGGGUCAAGGAAAGGACUGAACAGCUCUGAGUAAAAUUUACAGAGAUUUG